AUGAUAUGUAUUGAUCAUUAUUCAAUCAUUAUACAUCCAAUAUACAAAGGUCUGGUCAGGCUACAAUCUGCCACAGUUCCAUGUUCGCCGACGCUCGACGUCCGCCAUGUCCAGGGAUCCUAUGGCACUGUCUAUGGCGCCAGCUGUUUGACCACUGGCCGCCGGGUGGCCAUCAAGAGGAGUCCUUGCAAUACAGAGGAGGGGGUGCCAACCACCGCCUUAAGAGAGAUGUCUUUGCUUCGAAGUUUGAGGCACCCGCAUGUGAUCAAGCUCUACGACGUGAUCGCAGGCGACAGCUGCAUCUUUCUGAUCUUCGAUCGCUUCGACCUGGACCUCCGUCGCUACUUGCGCCGUCACGGCGCCUUCCACGGGGAUCAGCUGCGGCAGUGCAGCCGGCAGCUCUUCUCAGGCCUGGCGCAUUGUCAUCAACGGCUGGUGCUUCAUCGGGAUUUGAAGCCUCAAAACAUCCUGUUGAAAUUCGACGCCAACUGUGCGGUUCACCUGGUUCUGGCCGACCUGGGCUUGGCGCGAAUGUUGUACAUGGGACAGGCUCCUUCUACCCAUCAGGUCUGCACCUUGUGGUAUCGCUCCAUCGAGCUUCUUCUUGGACAAGUGCACUAUGGGCCCGCCAUGGAUGUGUGGUCCUUGGGUUGCAUCCUGUCCGAGAUGGCAACGACGCGGGUUCUCUUCCCCGGAGACUGUGAGAUCGAUACCAUCUUCAGGAUCUUCAAGCUGCUUGGUACCCCCAGCGAAAUCACCUGGCCGGGCGUGUCGAAAUUGGAGCAUUUUAGUGAGGACUUCCCCAUUUGGAGCCCGCCUGAUCGAUUGCAAGAUGUGGGCGUCUUGGGCGAAGAUGGUCUCGAUCUCCUGGAGCAAUGUUUGAACUACAAGGCGGCGUGGCGCAUGACUGCGCCCCAGGCACUGCGACACCCCUUCUGUCGCAUUGAGAUGCGGGGUGACGACCUCGGUAGUCCCAUUUUGGGUGACUCAUGGCCACCUCGGGUAGGCCUGUCUCCUUGCAUGGUGGAGGCUUCCGAGAAUGGGGCCUUAUCCACCAAGGAGAAGCUCGAAGCUCGAGCCAAGCGUUUCGGUGCCAGCGUCCAGGGGAGCGACGCUGCAGCCCGGGCAGCACGUGCCCAACGCUUUGGGAUGGCUGUGACUCUGACAUCUGUUGCGGCUGAAGAUGACAAGAAGGAAGCCCGGGCAAAACGCUUUGGCACCGCCAUGGCAGAUGGCGAUGAAGGCGAAGACGAGAAACGUGCAAAGCGCGGAGAGCGCUUCGGCAGAGGUCAGAUUGGAGCGAUUGGAGAAGAGGCCGACGACGCCGAGAAGCGGAAGCAGCGCCUGGCGCGCUUCGGGGUCGUCACCGGCAUCGGCAGCGACAGGAUGGAGACGCGCGCCAAGCGCUUCGCUGCCAGCGAGGCCACGGCGACCCAGGCGACCGCCGAGACCGAAGGUGGAGAAAUGACGGAGGAUCAAAAAAAGAAGAAGCGUGCAGAGCGCUUUGGAACAAAGGCUUGA